UGGGCGGCGGGGAGGCGGGCGAUUCCUUCCGCAUUCCGCCUCCUGGAGCUCGGGGCGCCGCUCGGCCGAAGAGGGUGGCUCCGCUCGGGGUGGCCCGAAGAAGGUGGGCGGGCCAGGCAGGCCGGGGGUGGGAGAGGGGGUGGUUUCCGCCUCUCUGCCACCGGGCCACCCCGUGCCCUGCGCCCCGGAGGGAGCCCGCCUGGGACCAUGAGCCGCGCCGCCGGGCAGUGAGGUUUGCACUCGGCUGUUGAAAUGUCCUCUAAUAUGGAGCUGAUUGUGUUGCCCCACUUCGCAAGACUGUCGUGAGGAUUAUGACGAGAAGAUCGCUGGGGAGCGCUUUUCGUCCCAAAAGCCCUAGAUAAAUGCAGAGGACUCUUCGUUCUGAUUGCAGAGCCCUAAGCAAGAGAUAUCCUCUUCCACUCCAGCGUUUGGAAGGAGCCCUGAUAUUUACCAGGCUUGGACUUUGCCCCUGAUUUAUGGGCAACAUGUUCUAAAUUGCCCCUGUGACUGAAUCCACAUUGUGUGUUGUACGCGAUGGCCCACUCCAGAUCAAACGGUUCACACUACGCCCUGACAGCAAUCGGACUCGGGAUGCUCGUCCUUGGGGUCAUUAUGGCAGUAUGGAACUUGGUCCCAGGCUUUGGGCAAGCCAAUAAGCCCCAUACAGGUAACAGCAAUAAGACUGAGCCCAGUGGAGGAGGAAUCCUGAAAAGCAAGACGUUUUCUGUGGCUUACGUGCUGAUUGGAGCAGGGAUAUUGCUCUUGAUAUUCUCAGUUUGCUUGAGCAUCCGGGACCGAAAGCGGCAAAGCCAAACCCAGUACACCUCUAGGAUACACCAGCAAACAUCGGUGGAACAACAACAGCAGGAAGACAGUCAAGAAGAGGAUGAGGAAACACCUUCCCGCUAUUAUGUGCCCAGCUACGAAGAGGUCAUGAACACAGACUAUCCAGACCUGAGAGAAGUGGACCGGGGCGCACGAAUCAGCAUGUCACUCCCCUCAUAUGAGUCUCUCACUGGGAUAGAUGAAAACACACCGACCCGGCCGCCCGCCGCAGCCGAAGGAGGGCCUAACGCCGAGAGCCAGCCAAACAGACGGAGUUCUCGCCUGAGCAAAAGGCUCAGGCCUUUGAAAGUUCGGAGGAUCAAGUCUGAGAAGCUCCACCUCAAAGACAUCCGUAUAAACGUGCCCGAUGGAAACCGUUCGAGUCAUAUAACAAUAGAACCCCUGACCCCGCCUCCGCAGUAUGAAGACAUUUCCAAGAAACUUCCAGAUUCUAGGGAAGAGACCUAAUUCAGCUCAGCGAACUGGUUUAUAUGUGUCUAAAACACUAUUGCAUACUUGAUUUUGAAGGAUGAGAUGAUUGUCAAAGAUUCUUCAAAGUACCUGUCAAGGACCCUGCCCUUGCUCCCUGAAGAAACUAAGCCCUGUUUCGCACAGAGGUGGUCAGGGUUGUAUCACUUCUGAGCACUCGGAAUGAUUGAAUUUUCCUCUGUAUGAAACUAUUCCUUGCAUGUAGGGAAAAAAAUAUAUCAGGGGGAAAUUUUCUAUAGCUGGGUCCCAAAGAACUACCUUUGCCACACCUAAAGCCUUGGGUACGUCUUGUGAAAUUCUUGACUCCCUAGCCCUUUUUCUGAACUGCAUAUCACCUCUACUCCCCAUAUUUAUAACUCGGCUUAUGGGAGUUGUACAUUGUAACUAAGAGCUGUCAUCCGGCUGGCUUAAAAUCUCAAACUCACUACUUUGCCAAGAGAAUGUCCACCCUCUCCGUCUGUUUGCCUUUUGAGGAUAACAACACCUGUCUUCCUCACAGGGCUGUUGUACAGAUGACUGUGAUCAUCUGUGUGAAAUGCGUUGAACCCUGGAAGCAGUUUCCCAAUGCUGCUGAGCGGUUGAAAUCUCUCGUCUUAUUUUGUUAUUGGGGUCUUCACCUGAAAUGCUACAACCCAAACCCAUAUUUGCUUCCUCAGUGAGAACUAGAGUCCCAAAGGAAUUCUCCCCUAUCCUGUGUAAUUACAUUCAGGAAGGCAUUUAAUGUAUGUGUCAGAUAGAAUCUUAGCGACAAGAAUCUUUUUCUAUCUAUAUAUAUUUCUAAGAUGUGACACAUUUUUGUAUGCCUCUUAGGUAAAAAAUCUUUUUAUAUUAAAAAAAAUAGCACUCCAGA